CAGCAUUAUGUACCCGACAUACCUGCUAUUCAUGCUUCCGAGCAAUCUCGCCCUGCGCAGGUUUGGGGCACGGUUCUGGCUUUCUCUCCUCACUGUUUUGUGGGGCGUCAUCAACAUGUGCAUGGCAUUCGCCAAGAACAAGACCGAUCUGAUUCUGUGCCGUCCUAUGGUUACAUCGCGCAUCAGCCUUUUCUACUCGGCAUUCGCAGCUGGCGCAGUCAUCGGCGGACCUAUUGCAACUGGCAUUGGCAAAAUAACAAACACCCACUUCAAGCGGUGGGAGGACUGGACCACGGCAGGGUUUGGGCUGAUCAUGUACGCAUUCCUGGCAGACUACCCCGACAAGAGCUGGAUCCUCACGCCAGAGGAAAAGGCGAUAAUCAACCAACGGAUGGCGCAGGACCAGGCACUUGUCCUGUUUGGCGGCAACUUUGGAAUCAACACAAUCCUCACCUUUUGCUGCCAUUAUCGUCAAGGAGAUGGGCUACAGCGCCUGGUCGCGUCACAGGCUAUGCAGGCAGCACCGGGAAUCUGCGGCUUCUGGUUUGGCUCCCACUUUCGUAGCUCGCUUUUCUGCGAAGCUUGGCUCAUUGCUGGUUCAGCUGUCUUGCUGGGCGUCACCAACAACGUUGCUCGAAUCAUUGCGCUCUGCAUGUUGUCGUUUGGCUGCUUUGGUAUCCUUAGCAUUGGUCCUGGAUGGCUGAUGAGCAACGUUGGCGGUCCAACACGUGCUGCCAUCUCGAGUGCCAUCGAGGUAAUGCUUGGUGGACUGGGUGCACUUUGCACAUCGUACAUCUACCGCAACAAGGACCAGCCACGCUAUCUUUUUGGCCACGGCAUGAACAUGUUUGCUGCAUGUCUGAUGGUGGUCUUCACCUAUGCAACUCAUUUCAUCCUGCUCCAUCGAAACAAGCAGAAAGAAACCAAUCCGCUCGAUAUUUCGGGGAUGUCGCAAGACGAGAUAAAUGACCUUGAGAACGACCACCCCGACUUCCGCUAUGUCCAUUAAAGAGAAUGUAGUAUAUUCGAAUACAG